UAAUUGAUUUGUCUUAAUAAAAAUAUCACCUAUUUUUGUUUUGGACCACUCAGUUAAGGCUUUGCUCACCCUUUUUAAUUUUUGUUGAAUGAUCCAAAAAGAAUUCCCUUCCACAUGUUGGUUCCACUGCUCUUUCACAAUAUCUUGGAAUCCUUCUUGUUCAACCCAAAAAUUCAAAAACUUGAAAUAUCUUAUGGUGUUAGAAGUCUGAUCUUGUAGGGUAAUGAAAAGAAGAUAGUGAUUUAAACUCACUCUUGCUAAAUGUUGGACAGAGAUAGAGGUAAACUUAGCUCCCAUGUCAUCAUUAGCCACCAUCCUAUCCAAUCUUUUCCAAAUGAUUUCCUCUUUCUUCCUUUCAUUACACCAGGUGAAGGGAUUACCACUGUAUCCCAUAUCUGAGAGUCCACAUUCAGUUAAACACUCCAAAAAAAAUCAAUAUUUUUGCUCAAAUUAUGAGGGAUCCCACCUAAUUUUUCUUCAGGGUCAAGUAUGCAGUUAAAAUCACCACAUACUAUCCAGGGAUGAUUGAUAGUGGAUGUAAAGCCCCUCAUAUGUUCCCACAAAUUGACCCUACCAGCAGAUCUGGUCCUUGUAUACACCACUGAUAUGUAAAUUUCCACAUUGACCUUGUUAUGCAGGAUUUUACAGGCGAAAGUUUCAUCGAAUUUUGACCUAAUUGUGUCAAUUUGGGGUCUUGAUUUCAGAAAAUGGCUGAUAUCACUGUCAAGAACGCUACUGGCUCUGGUGCAAAGAUUGUCGCCUCUUCCAGUCGCAACACAACUGUCCCUGCGAUGGCUGCGGCAGAGAAGCCCAAAAAAUUUUCGGGCAUAGACUUUAAACGCUGGCAACAGAAAAUGUUCUUCUACUUAACAACCCUCAAUCUGCAAAAAUUUAUUACUGAGGAAGUUCCUGUUCUACUAGAAGAGACUCCGAACAACGAACAUUUCGUCCUGACAGAGGCAUGGAAUCAUUCUGAUUUUCUACGUAAAACCUAUAUUCUCAAUGGGCUGGAUGAUGGUCUAUAUAAUGUCUAUAGCGGCUGUAAGACGUCUAAGGAAUUAUGGAAUGCUUUGGACAAGAAAUAUAAGAUCGAGGAUGCUGGGUUGAAAAAGUUUGUUGCUGCGAAGUUCUUGGACUUUAAAAUGGUAGAUCAUAAAUUUGUCAUGUCGCAGGUCCAAGAACUUCAAGUGAUUACACAAGAUCUUCUUGCGGAAGGAAUGGUAGUCAAUGGAGCUUUCUAGGUUGCGGCCUUUGUGGAAGGAUUUUAAAAACUACUUAAAGCACAAACGUAAGGAAAUGACAUUAGAAGAUCUAAUCGUCCGUCUUAGAAUUGAGGAAGACAACAGAUCUGUUGAGAAGAAGACCAAUGGAAAACAAGCAAUAAUAGGGGCAAACACCGUUGAAACUGCCCCGACAAGUACAAAGAAAAGGAAGCGGGCUUCUGGAGGGAAGAAUGUUCCAAGCAAGAAGAAAUUCAAAGGAAGUUGUUACAAUUAUGGCAAAAUUGGACACAUGGCUUCAGACUGUCGUGCUCCGAAAAAGGAUAAGGAGAAGAAGAAAGGUCAAGCCAAUAUGGCUGAAAUGAAUAAUGAAGUGGAUAAUCUAUGUGCCAUGUUGUCCGAAUGCAACUUGGUAGGUAACCCGCGAGAAUGGUGGAUAGACUCGGGUGCUACUCGCCACGUGUGUUCUAACAAGGAAUUCUUUUCUUCUUAUGAUGCAGUUGGACCCAACGAGACGAUCUUCAUGGCCAAUUCUGCUAUUGCCAAAAUCAAGGGAACAGGCAACAUUGCCUUGAAGAUGACGUAUGGAAAGAUUGUGACGCUCAAGAAUGUCCUUCAUGUUCCAGAAAUGCGGAAGAACUUAGUCUCAACUUCACUACUAGUCAAGAAUGGAUUGAAAUGUGUUUUUGUUUCUAAUAAGGUUGUUGUUAGCAAAAACGAUAUGUAUGUUGGAAAGGGCUACCUCACAGAGGGUCUUUUCAAACUCAAUGUAAUCUCAAUUGAUAUGAAUAAAAUUUCUCCU